AUGGCUAAGUUGAAAGUAAGAGACAUGGCAAUCCCACGUCCCACCAAUGUGACAUCAUGCAUUCAGAAACCUGAAGUUGGUGGAAGAAGUAAAUUGACGUUGAUGAGCUGCCCACAUCAUCAUCAGUCUAAUGAGGUGUUAGUCCAUACCUUCAUUGAAGGAUUGGAGCCUAACAUCAAAAUUCUACUUGAUUCAGCUGCAGAUGGUCAGGCUUUAAAGAAGACAUAUGGUGAACUAUUCACCUUGCUGAGCAAGAUCUCACAGGGAAACCCCGAAUGGAAUGGAGGAGGGGUGAAACCUAAUAUGAUGAACACCCACUUCACCAAUCUAGCAUUGGGACAACAGUCCACACAGGAAAUGCACAACGAGGAGGAGGCCAGCAGAAUUAUGGGAACUCUUAUAACCCAAGUUGGCGCAACCACCCGAACUUUUCUUGGGGUGGAAAUCAAAAUCAGGGUCAAGGCCAUAAUCAAUAUAGAUCCCAAGGAAAUGCAUAGGGGUACCAACCACAGGCCCAACGGGAGCAGCCGAAUAAGCAAUCUGUUAGUUGCUGAUGUAAGGAGUAACCAGUUGAUUACACAAAAUCUGGAGAAGCAAUUCGGGAAGUUUUCUAGUGCACAAAAUUCACUACCGCAAGGAGGUUUGCCGAGAAAUACUGAUCCAAAUCCUAAGCAGGUAAAUGCGGUAGGUACACGCAGUGGUUUACAAUUGGAGGAGUUAGCUCCUAAGAAAAGAAACACUGACGCUGGUAUACCCAGGUAUGCAAAAUAUGUGAAGGAGAUUGUGGCAAAUAAAAGGAGGCUGACAGAAUAUGAGACUGUUGCACUUACUGAAGAGUGCAGCUCCAGAAUCCAAAAUAAGUUGCCCACUAAACUGAAAGAUUCGGAUAGCUUUACGGUUCAGAUCACUAUAGGGCAGAGCAUUCAUGCGCGAGGAUUAUGUGAUCUAGGAGCUAGCAUAAAUCUGAUGCCAACUUCUUUGUACAAAAAGUUGGGUGCUAGUGGGGUCGUUAAUAUUCCAGUAGAUAUUAUUGUGCUGAAUUUUGAGCCAGAUCCUGAUGUCCCUUUCAUCUUAGGAAGAUCGUUCUUAGCGACUAGGAGGACCAUGAUAGAUGUGGCAGCUGCGCAACUUACUAUGCGAUCACAUGAUAAAAUGGAUGUGUUUGAUGUCUAUAAAGCAUUAAAGUUGCCAGCUGUGUAUGAGGAGUUGUCUGCCAUAACUGUGAUAGAUCUUGAGGCAGAGGGUCGCUACAUUGAAUCUAAGGACCCUUUAUAG